GGCCUCCAAGAGGAGCCCAAGGGCCUCAACGAGGAAUCAAAGGGCCUCAACAAGGAACCAAAGGGAGGAGCCCAAGAGCCCCAGGAGCCUCCGUGAGGACCCCAAGGGCCUCUAUGAGGAGCUAAAGAGCCCCAGGGGCCUCCAAGAGGAAGCCGAGAGUCUCCAGGAGAAGCCCAGGAGCCUCUGUGAGGAGGCCAAGGGCCUCCACAAGAAGCCCAAGAGCCCCAGGGGCCUCCAGGAGGAGCCCAAGAGCCCCAGGAAGCUCCAAGAAGAUCCCAGGAGCCUCCAAGAAGAUCCCAAGAGCCCCAGGAGCCUCCAGGAAGAACCAAAAAGCCCCAAGAACCUCCAGGAGGUUCCACGAUGCCCGAAGAGUCUUCAAGAUGCCAGGAACCUUCCAGAAGAUCCUAAAAGCCCCAGGGGCCUCCAGCAGGAUCCCAAAGGCCCCAAGAAGCUCCAAGGGGGUCUCAAAAGCUCCAAGAACCUCCAGGAGGACCCCAGAAACUCCGGAAAGCUCCAAGAGGAGCUCGGCCAAGACCCAGCGGUGCCCAAAAAGGUUGGCCAAGACCUUGGUGUCUUCAUGAACGUUGGCCAAGACCCCGACGUCCCCAAGGGCGUUGGCCAAGAACCCGACAUGCCCAAAAACGUUGGCCAAGGCCCCAAUGUCUUCAAGAAGGUUGGCCAAGACCCCAGUGGCUUCAAGGACCUUGACCAAGGCCUCAGCACCCCCAAGAACGUUGGCCAAGGCCCCAAUGCCUUCAAGAACAUUGACCAAGACCCCAACAUCCCCAAGGACCUUGACCAAGACCCCAACAUCACUGAGGAGGUUGGCCAAGACCCCAGUGUCUUCAAGAAGGUUGGCCAACACCCCAACACCCCCAAGAACGUUGGUCAAGACCCCAACAUCUCCAAGGACAUUGACCAAGACCCCAAUGUCUUCAAGGAUGUUGACCAAGACCCCAACACCCCCAAGGACCUUGACCAAGACCUCAACACCCCCAAGGAC